AUGUCAACAUAUCUUGUCACUGGCGCUAGCCGGGGAUUGGGCCUCGCGUUUGUGAGGAAGCUCCAAGAACAGCCCCCGAGCGAGGUCUCGAUCGUCUUCGGGACGGUCCGUGCGGAGCCAUCAAGGGAGCUACAGCAGCUCGCCGACUCGUCCCAAGGUCGUCUUGUCAUCAUCCACAUGACCCUGACCGAGAAGGAGAGCAUCGCCAAGGGCAUCGAGCAGGUCAAGAAGAAGCUCGAUGGACAGGGCCUCGACGUGCUCAUCAACAACGCCGGUAUUAUAGCCUACUCCAAGAGCAUUGAGGAAAUGGACAACCUUCGCCAGAUGUUGGAAGUAAACGUCGAGGCUGUUCACGACGUUACCGCGGCCUUAUUGCCCCUGUUGCGACAGGGCAAGCAGAAGAAGAUAGCAAACAUUGGGUCGAGUGUGUCUUCCAUGGCAAACGCCCGCAAGUGGAUGAUAUCGACACAAUACGCCUACAAGAUUUCCAAAGCCGCUGUCAAUGCCCUCACUCUUCAGUAUGCGUAUUCACUCGAGGAAGAGGGGUUCGCAGUGUUUUCCAUUUGUCCUGGCUGGGUGAAAACGGACAUGACGAGUUACACUGCGGACUUGGAUGCUUCGACGUCCGCGGAGGGUGUCUUGAGAGUGAUAGCAAAGAAUGGCAAUGAUUUAAAUGGAAAAUUCUUGAAGAUCCACGUCCCAGGUAUGGAGGUUCGCCCGGGCGCGCAUCACGAAUACAAUGGGGCGGAGAUUCCUUGGUAG